GUUCAGUCUCACCUAACCUUGUCCGAAUCCUCCAGCUCUCCGACGCAGCCAUGGCAACAACAACACGGCCCGUGGCCGUGCAUGCCGUCCCCCACGCGCAGGCCCACGCGCAGCAGGUCGCGCCGCGACCCAACAUCUACGGCGCGACGGCACACGAGCUCCGCGCCGGCCCGCGGAAUCCUCUCUUCCUGAUGCUGCGCUCCGGCAUCGACAGCGAGGUGGACUACGCGCUACCGCGUCUCGUGCUCGCGUCCUUUGAAUACAGCGACAAGUUCCUGCUCGAGCACUACAUCGACUCGGUGAGCGCGCUGCGCGAGUGGCCGGAGCGCUGGCUCGACGAGCUCGAGCGCGAGCACGCGUACUACGAACUCCUGCGCGCCGGGCGCAACGGCGACGAGCUUGCGCGCAAGGCGCUUGGCGCAGUGCCCGCAUUCACCGCCAACCCGGUCGUGGAGGCGCGCGCCUCGUACUCGCUCCAGGUGUUGCGCAACUCCAGCUUCGUGGGCCAGAACGCCCGCACCAUUUCGCGCACAUCGUUUAUCAACUUUGUCACGCGCUUCUUCGACCUGUCCCCGCCGUUUCUUCUCGAGAUUGUAGCGCGGUCCCCGGAGCCUGUCCAGCACAUACUCAUUCUGCUCCAACAGAUCUCGCCGUACCUAUACGUCGGCCCUCCAAUCUACAAGCUUCUCUCCGAGGUCCUUCCCUACGUCGCGACGAACACGCGCGACUCGACGGUCCUCCAGCUCGUCAUCCCCAUUCUCAUUACUGCCUUCCAGGUGCCAACUUUUCCACCACCGCCAGACAGCUUCAUUCAGCACAUGCUCCACCUCCUCACCCUCAACCCCCCACCAUCACUCCUCUCGAUGGUGCUCGACCUGCUCGCAGCUGUGGCCCCGCAGGCGCCGUACGCACGAACUAUCCUCUCGGACCCAUCAAUAUCCGCGCACCUUCGUCAGCUCACGAUCCUGCUCAAACACCAGGCCAAGACACACGAGAUGGCGCUCGAAGUUCCGCCCGAAGUUCGCAGCAAGAACAUUUACAACCCUGCGGCCGCGGCCCACCUUUCUCGUCAGGCAGCCAUGAAACGCCAGCGGCAGCGUGAGAUUGAUCAGCCACAAAUGGAGGUCUUUGGCGGACCAGGCGUGCAGCGCGAGGUCGGAACGGUUGCACCAACAUUGAACCCCUCCAUUAGGAAGGAGCUCUACACCCUGUCCGAGCCCAAGCGCUCUAUCGCCUGGAUGCACGAGACCUUUGUGUACUCGUCCCAAGCGCAGCUGCUGCAGGUGUCCUUCUGGCAUGCGUACCGCGACUUCUUCUCAAAUCCAGCGACGGUCGAGCAGUUGUUGAGCGCCUCCGAGGUGAUAAAGAACGUUCAGGUUGCGUUCCCGGCGGCGCAGGCCAAGUUGUUCACGGAGAAGGAUGGCGAGCGCAAGUUCAUCAUCUCGGGGCUGGGUUUCCGACAGGGAUCGGACGGCGCGGAUAGAUUUGGCUGCGUGUGGCGUGGUUGUACUUCGCCUACAGGACCAUCAAACCCAGGAGAGUUGCUGGCACACAUCCAGAGCGCGCAUCUUGAUCCGAUGCCGCCGGCUUGCGCCUGGGGCUCGUGCCAGCACGCUGGAGUGACUGUGGGGCACGUCCUGACGCACCUGCCGCUCCUUGAGCCGCUGGACGUGCCACAAACGAUUGCUGUUGAUGCUCGUACACCGACCAACGUCCUCUACUCGCCCGUCAUCACAGACAAGCUGUCCGUGCAACUUCCACACACCGAGCACAUCAAGAUCCAGGCGUGCGUGACACCGCACGACCAGCACCGCCAGCCUUCCGGUGCGGCCUUCCUCGCUGCUCUCGUCAUCCGCGGCCUCGCGCGCAACCUCGCCACUGAGAUCGCUGCCGCGCGGCCCGGCGAGGUGGGGCUGACGGACGCGCAGCGCAAGGAGAAGAAGCGGCACCUCGCGGAGGAGCGGUUCGGCCUCCCGAUUCCCGACGCUGUGCUGCGCGAGGAAGAGGAAGAGGAAGACGCCGCGCGCGGCGGCGACGACUAUGGCGCGGGCGCGAGCAUGGGGCUGGCGGAGAUCGAGCGGGCGCGGCGCGCGUUCCACGCCGUGCAGGAUGCCCUGCUUGAUGUCGUCAACAACAACGUGACAGGCAUCGGGGCGUACAUCAGCGACGCAUUCGUGGUGUAGAAGUAUAAUAGGGUUGUAGCCAUGUCUCGCUCAUGUAUCCGUGCGACACGGUGA